UUCUUUGACACGAUGCAAACACAGUUUUUACCGACGAGAAACAUGCACAAUCAGGCCUACAUGGUGUUUGCUACCGAUACUCAAAUCGGGUUGCAGCUUCUUCCUUUCGACGGGAAUCCCUUCAUGGUCGUGGGAAUUGUUGGUCACCCGCAAAUGAUUACCCAUAUGACGCUCAGUUGUUGCGGUGAAUUUCUCUUCACUCUUGGCUACCGAGAUCCAUGCGUUUUGAUGUGGAAGAUUAAUCCGCGCGCUGUCGACAUUAUGGCUAAACUAGGUGGUUCUAGUCUCUCCCCGUUUUACUGCCUUAUUGACGGAGGUCAGGAUGGCUGGCUGUUGAAUGAAAUGCAGGAUCUAUUUUACUAUGCACAAAUAUUGCAUCAAGGAGAGAAUACAACAGCUACUCGAAUUGUGUCGGAUAAAGUGUCAAUUACGCAAUUGCCAAACCUAAUGCGAGCUGUUGGAUACUAUCCUAGUGCCUGCGAGCUGGAAGAGCUUAUGACAGAGGUGGUUUCUAAGAAUUACGCAAAAACUGGGCAGCUGGUUGAGGAAAUCACAUUUGAAGAGUUUGUCAAAUUGUACGUAAAUCAUCGCCCCGUGUUCGGUACGUCUAUGCAGCAGAUAAAGAAAGCCUUUGCGGUAUUUGGUAAACCUGAAAUGGAGAAUAGUCCAAUCAUUACCAGAGAACAGUUUAUAGAAAUUCUAACUGGGCAUGGAGAUCGCAUGAGUACUGAACAGGCUUACAAAGCCCUCAGUCUUCUGAUGCCGGUGGAAGAUGAAUCGGAGAAAGAUGCUGCAGAUAUCAAUUUCUCGUUUUUACCCGCGGUAAGUUACUACACAGUAACACUCUUAUUGGCCAGUUCCAGAGCCAGUUAUUAUAGCAGCUGAAGACUUGACGUGAACUAGGAGCAGAUAAGAAUACGACAUCAAUUCGAUUGCUUAUAGUAGUAUAUUAUUUUAUGGUACAGGAUAUAUCUUACAAAGAUUUUGCUGUGGAAAUUUUGGGCAUCGAACCCACUGCGGAGACGAAUAUUAUUUCAUCGGCCAAGGAUACUCCACAUUGAUACAAUUCGACAAGACAAAUAUCAGUAAGUUAUGUGUCAUAAUGCGGUUACAUCAUUAAAAUCUGCAACGUUCAUAGAUCUACUGCAGUUUCCAUCCACAAGUUUUUCACUCAUCGUUUGGCUCAGCACUGAGCUUUGACAACUUGUGAAUUUUAUCAUGUGAUAUCGAAAUUAGAAAUUUCACAGACUACUUUUAUAACAUGAGAUCAUCUACUCACUAUAUGUAUUGUACGUGUUAUAGGACCGCUGUAGAACUGUUGCACUUAAUUAUUUAUUAAAUACCGAGUUACUUGAUGUACUACGGUUUCAACCGUCUAUCGUUAAUUACUUUCCAAAUUUACGGAAUGUUGGAAGGUCAUUUAUUAAAAUUGAUCAACUGAUUGUUUCACUGUUUUGACGUCGAAAUAUGAUUCAACUUAUUAUUUUUGCCUCGCUUGUCGAAUUCCGGAUCACCUCACUUAGAAAAA